GUAAGCCUGCAAUGUAACAGCUUGAGAGGCUCACUGAGACAUUAAUCCAGGUAAAUCCACCAUUUGGACAGAAUUUUCUCCCCAGCAGAAGAUGCUGCUGCUGCUGCUGCUGCUGCUGCUGUUGCUGCUGCUGAGGUUGCAUAAGAAGCAGCGGAUCUGCACAGCGCCUCUACCGUCGCCCUCCCCUCCUCUAUCUGUUCAAAUGAGACAGCGCUGCUCUGCUCUGCGCUCUGAGUGUGUGUCACAGGACGGGCCGCUCUGUUAUGGAGGACUAACCGACUGAAAACGCCGCACAGCGCCUCUCCUGCCUCGCACCGAGGGCUCCCUCCAGGCCGGGAGGCUGUGGAUUCCCGCCCGCUCCCCGCACUUUGUGGACCGUCGUGCUUCUUAUGGGAUCGGAAGGCGCAUCUCUGGCUCUCUCUGACAGGACGCGGGACUGCCUCCCUUAGAAUCAUUUCCCUCGGCCUUUUUCUGCGUCGCAGCAUUUUGGGAGAAAACGUGAUCAAGCGGCCGGAAGCAGCGAGCCGAUCAUGGAUUAAUGCUCGAGUGAAUUCUCAUCUGAAAGGUUCCCAAUGUUGAACAUGUCCACCCCGAGUGAGCUGAAGUCUCCCUGCAUGACUCGCAAUGGUAUGGUGAAGUUGCCCCCCAGCCAGCCUAACGGUCUCGGCAGUGCGAGUAUCACUAAGGGGACGCCUGCUGCUAAGAACCGUCUAUGCCAGUCCUCCUCUGUGCCCUCCAUCUUGCCUCCUCCGCCGUCCUCUCUUCCCUAUCAUCACCAUCUGCAUCACUUGGACAACCCCGGGAUGCCUCAUACCACAGCACCUCUCUUGCCCUCUGACCUGGAGCCAGGGAAGCCUCUGGUGGGGCUGAAGCCAUCUCUUCGUCAGCUCCCCCCCCUCACUUUGCCCAAACCCAUACUGCUGGAGCGUCAGCUGGUCCUGGAUGAGAAACUCCUCAACCGACUACUCUGGUACUUCACCACGGCAGAAAAAUGUGUGCUGGCACAAGUAUGCAAGACAUGGCGCAAGGUGCUGUACCAGCCCAAGUUCUGGGAGGGGGUGACGCCCAUCUUGCAUGCCAAGGAGCUUUACAACAUACUACCCAACGGGGAGAAGGAGUUUGUCAGCCUGCAGGCCUUUGCUCUGCGGGGCUUCCAGUCGUUCUGCUUAGUGGGGGUUUCGGACCUCGACAUCUGUGAGUUUAUUGACAACUACCCGCUGUCCAAGAAGGGGGUUCGUUCUCUCAGCCUCAAGAGGUCAACCAUCACAGACGCUGGUUUGGAGGUCAUGUUGGAGCAAAUGCAGGGCCUGAUGCACCUGGAGCUGUCAGGCUGCAACGACUUCACGGAAGCUGGCCUGUGGUCCAGUCUCAAUGCCAGGCUAACGUCCCUCAGCGUCAGUGACUGCAUCAAUGUGGCGGAUGAUGCCAUCGCUGCUAUUUCCCAGCUCCUGCCCAACCUAUCAGAGCUGAGCCUGCAGGCCUACCACGUCACUGACACGGCCAUGGCCUAUUUCACAGCCAAACAGGGCUACACCACCCACACUCUACGGCUCCAGUCCUGCUGGGAGAUCACCAACCAUGGUGUGGUAAACAUGGUGCACAGCCUGCCCAACCUGACCGCCCUGAGCCUCUCAGGCUGCUCCAAGAUCACCGACGAUGGCGUGGAGCUGGUGGCCGAGAACCUCCGGAAGCUCCGCAGCCUGGACCUGUCCUGGUGCCCCCGGAUCACAGACAUGGCCCUGGAGUACAUCGCCUGCGAUCUGCACAAACUGGAGGAGCUGGUGCUAGACAGGUGUGUGCGAAUCACUGACACGGGGCUGGGCUACCUGUCCACCAUGUCUUCACUAAGAAGCCUUUAUCUGCGCUGGUGCUGUCAGGUGCAGGAUUUUGGUCUGCAGCAUUUGUUUGGAAUGAGAAGUCUCCGUCUGCUGUCUCUUGCAGGCUGCCCUCUGCUGACCACCACCGGGCUGUCAGGCCUCAUCCAGCUGCAGGAGCUGGAGGAACUGGAGCUGACAAACUGUCCAGGAGCCACGGCCGAGCUCUUCAAAUACUACGCCCAGCACCUGCCCCACUGCAUGGUCAUCGAGUAAGACGGCCCAGCCCUCAUCAGACAGACGGCCGUACGUCGACCUUCCUCCUCAACCCGUCCUCGUCCUUUUCACACCGAGCUGUCCCUGCAUCUCUCCUCCUCUCCCCUCCCAGCCCAUUCCUCACCCGUUCCCCUUCGCCCCCCUCCUCAGCCAUCUGAACGGACUCCCUCGCUGGCAGGCAGACUGAGAGGCAGGAAGGUUCCAGGAUAGGACAUGCCACGUCCAGAGGCAUGGCGUCCGAGCUGCGUUUGAGAAGAUGCUGGCGUGAAGAGCUUGGUGUGACGUCUUGUCUGACAGCAAGUUUCUUUUUCACAAUCAACAGAAGGCUGUUAGUCGGAGGAGAAAGCCUCUCUGUGGACUCGGAAGGAGUUUUUCUUAAAUUAAACCCACCGCGGCGGGGAGAGCGUGCACGCCCCAGAUGCUACAAGGAGGGAAAGAGGAGGCUAAAGACUUUUUGUUCGAUGGAGACGAAGAUUUUUUUUUUUUAGCUGUUUGAACUCAUGAGCUCAUACACUGCAAACACACUAAAACGUAUACUGUAUGUAAGUAAAGCAAAUAUAACUCCUGAAGAUAAUGAGUGGUGACACGUGUCAUCUCUCCUUGUGAUAUUUCCCCCUGUUGCCCUUUUUUUUUUUCCCUCAGAAGGGAUCCAAGGUUUCCUUUUUGCUCUUGCUCAGCUUCAGACUCUGCGUUUCUGGACAGAAAACCACCAAGUAAAUAAUGACGGACCAUCUUAAUAUCUCUUUUUUUUUUUUUCUUCUCCCUGCUUCUGUGUGUGAAGUGUGUGUGUCACUGACUCACAGCUUCCCAUCUCCGGGAUCACCUUUUACUCCCCCAUUUCUGUGUCUUAACUGAAAUCCAAAAAAAACAGAAAAAUAAAAAAUCUAACAAAGCAAACAAACAAAAAAAGGAAACAGAAUGAGACAAAUAAACAUAAAAGAAGUCAAAAGAAGAUCUGAAAACAACUGUUUACAUCAGCUUUUUUUGUGGGGGUUACAUGAGGGGUAGCUGCACGCUUAUUUGACUUGUUUGGUUCUGGCAAUCAUCUGUGUGCUCCUCUGUUUUCGUAAGACGGUGACAUGGGGGUGUAGAGACGCUGCAGACGGAUCCGCUUCGGGACUUCCAGUGACAUUUUUUUUUUUUUUGCCACAUCUGCACUGCAGCUACUAAACACAUUCAGGUAGCAGAAGAUUUUCAGUCGAGGAAUUUUUUUUUCACCCCUUCCAAACUUGAGGUUUGAGUUUCAGUGGUUUUGUUUUGCUUUUUUUUUUUUUUUUUUUUUUCCCCUCACCUUUUUCUAAUCAGAAAACACCUGAUGUUAGUGUUAUUUUAGAGCAUUCGAACUUGUGUGGCUCUGAUGCUUCUAGCACCGCAGGGGGUGGGGAUGCAGUUUGCAAAGCCAGAUUACUUCGGCAGCUGACACGAGGGCUCGGUGAAUUCAGUGUUCAUUAGAAGAACGUCUCGUCGACAAGCAGAGGCUCGGGGCUCUGGGGAUUGAACUUACAUGGGAACGCCAUGGCUCGCUCUAGAAACCACAAUCAGAGGCUUUUUUAUUUUCUAGGCUUUGAAGUCAUAGGAAAGAUGAAGGUGAGAUGGAAUUUGUGUGGUGCAUAUUUCUAUUCUGGAUGUUUCUGACAUGGUUCUGUUACAAAGGGGAUAAUAGUAAAGUCGAUGGUGGAAUGUGGCUGUGCCGGUGCGUUCACUGACAAAAAAAAUGUAAAGCCAAAACGUUGAACACCAAGUCAGCUCCCAGAAGGAAUGAACUGUAAUAAACGGUAAUGACCAUCUAAACAGCCAUCAGGUAUAAGUGGCUAUUUGUCCUGUCUACAUUAGGGCUGAAACACUUAAUCAGAUUAAACGAUUCUUGAAGUAUUUGUGAUUGAUUAAUCACUAUCUGGCCGACUCAAAAAAGGUCAUUUUCUAAAAGAACCACAAACUCAGAGCAGUAAUUCAGCCAAAAUGCCACAAAAAAAAAACAACCUUUUGCAUUUGCAUGUGUCGGAAGCAGCAGGCAAAUCUUAAAGAGACAGAGACCCAAUUACAAGGCGUUAAAUUACAAAGUCAAAUUACGGUAAAGCCACAUGUGAUAUGCAGAGCAUUUUUAUAACAAAUGAAGUUAACAUAGUUACUUGAUUGUGCUGUAAAAUGGCACUGCAUAAAAAGUACAUAACACUGGCCCUUUAAGCCUGCUGACUGAUUUCAGUUUGAUUGAGAAGCGAACUGGAAAGGCUUCUUGCCAUGAUAAGCGCAAACCUUAGACAGUUUAUAAAGUCAUCUUAUUAUCACAGAAAAUAAGCUCCUGAAAAUGUUCUAACAAUUUUAUGUUGGCAGUAAACCCAACAUGGCUCUGUAACUGAACUAUGCCGUUAGCAUAAUCUACAGGUGGAUAAAGAGGUUCAGGGAAAAUGUGCUUACAGAAGGUAGAGGUGAGGGGGUUCUCACUCACCUCCACCAGUCAUUCCUUGGGUUCUGAACACGGUACCUAACUGUUCUGAAGAGUUUGAGUCUGAGCCGGAAAGGCCUGUUGCUGGUAACGAAACACAGCCGAGGUCAUCAAUCCAUAUCACUAAAGCUUUGACUCUCCCAAACAUUGGGCAUGCUCAAAUAUAUCUGCUUCAAGGCAAAAAAGGAAAAGCGGUAACGUUUCCUGUAACUCUGAGGGUCAGCCAUCUUGGUUUCUGGACGGGUCCACCGGCGCUCCUCUGUUCGCCCUAACGGAGUCGGACCAGAGUCAGGCGGCAGAAUGAACUCUGAACCAGACUGGACCCCGCGCAUGUUUUGGCCUGGAUACGGCUAAUUCUAGACGUUCAGCAUCUCAUUGGUGUACAGACAUUUAUUUAUUUAUUCAUGUAUUUAUUUAUUUAAAUAAAUGUGUGUCUUAUUUUCAGAAUUUAUUUAUUGAAAAUGGCAUUUUUUUGACUCUUUUGUUUCAGUUUUUGCUUCAAGUGUGACCUUAAUUGAGCUUAUUCAAUAAUUGCUGUUUUCUAUUAUUAUUGUUAACAUUAUUAUUAUUAUUAUUAUUAUUAUUAUUAUU